AUGGAUGUAGCUGAUACAUAUGCCACCCAAAGUCAAGUGAAAGAUGAGGUUGGAGUACGAUGUCAGAAGUUGUUUCAAGAUUUUCUAGAGGAAUUUAAAGAAGACAAUGAGAUAAAGUAUGAGAAAAAUGCUAAAGAACUUCUUAAACCUGAGUUAAGCACACUGGAGGUCAGUUUUGAUGAUGUUGAGAAGUAUAAUCAAAAUCUAGCCACCACAAUUAUUGAAGAAUAUUAUAGAAUUAAUCCAUUUCUGAACCAAGCAAUCUUGAACUAUGUUCUAAGUCUUGCUGACAGUGGUAUGAAGAAGGAUUUGCAAGACAAGGAGUGUUAUGUUUCAUUUGUAGAUGUGCCAACUAGGCACAAAGUACGUGAAUUGACUACAGCUAAGAUUGGAACACUGAUUAGAAUCUCUGGGCAAAUAGUACGAACCCAUCCUGUGCACCCUGAACUGGUUUUGGGCACUUUUGUCUGUUUGGAUUGUCAGACUGUUAUUAAAAAUGUGGAGCAGCAGUUUAAAUAUACAAUUCCUGCUAUUUGCCGUAACCCGGUUUGUGCUAAUCGUCGCCGAUUCAUGCUUGAUGCAGACAAGUCAGUGUUUGUGGACUUCCAGAAGAUUCGAAUACAGGAAACACAGGCAGAACUGCCACGAGGCUGUAUUCCAAGAUCACUUGAAGUUAUUCUAAGAGCUGAAGCUGUAGAAUCAGUACAGGCUGGUGACCGCUAUGACUUCACUGGAACACUGAUUGUUGUUCCUGAUGUAGGCUCUUUAUCAUUGCCAGGCGCUAAAGCAGAACUCACAACUAGGACAAGACAGGGUAAUGAAGGACAAAUGGAGGGUAUCAAGGGGUUGAAAGCUCUUGGGGUUAGGGAGCUCCAUUACAAAACGGCAUUCUUAGCAUGCAGUGUGCAAGCUAUAUCAAGAAGAUUUGGCACAGCAGAACUGGCAACUGAUGACCUUACUACUGAGGACAUGAGGAAACAAAUGACGGACAAAGAAUGGGAUAAGGUGUAUGAGAUGUCUCGUGAUCGCAACUUGUACAACAAUCUCAUCACUAGUCUAUUCCCAAGCAUACAUGGCAACAACGAAGUGAAGAGAGGCAUACUGCUCAUGUUGUUUGGGGGUGUCGCUAAAACUACCAUUGAAGGUACAACUCUCCGAGGUGACAUAAACGUAUGCAUAGUAGGUGACCCCAGUACUGCCAAAUCACAGUUGUUAAAGCAAGUGAGUGAGAUAACGCCUCGCGCCGUCUACACGAGUGGCAAAGCAUCCUCCGCCGCCGGUCUUACUGCCGCAGUCGUAAAGGAUGAAGAAUCAUUCGAUUUCGUGAUCGAAGCAGGUGCACUGAUGUUAGCAGACAAUGGUGUUUGUUGUAUAGACGAGUUCGAUAAAAUGGAUCCAGCCGACCAGGUGGCCAUUCACGAGGCUAUGGAGCAGCAGACCAUAUCACUAGCUAAGGCUGGAGUCAGAGCAACUCUUAACGCACGCACAUCAAUCCUCGCCGCUGCAAACCCUGUCGGUGGUCGAUACGACCGCGCUAAAUCCUUGCAACAGAAUGUGGCUCUCAGUGCUCCCAUCAUGUCCCGAUUCGAUCUGUUCUUCAUCCUUAUAGACGAGAGUAGCGAGAUGGUUGAUUAUGCGAUUGCAAGGAAAAUAGUCGACUUGCAUUGUAAUAAGGAAGAGACAUACGAUUGUGUCUAUUCCAGGGAAGAUUUAUUGAGAUAUAUUGCUUUUGCAAGAUCUUUCAAACCUAUUAUUACAGAGGAGGCGGGCAAGCUGCUGGUGGAGUACUACUCGGUGCUGAGACAGCGCGACGGCGGGGCGGGCGGCGGCGCGUGGCGCAUCACGGUGCGCCAGCUCGAGUCCAUGGUGCGCCUCGCCGAGGCCAUGGCCAAGAUGCACUGCAGCGGCCACGUCACCCCGCAACAUGUACACGAGGCCUACAGAUUGCUGAACAAAUCCAUAAUACGAGUAGAGCAACCUGAUAUCCACUUGGAUGAAGACGAACCGCAAUACGAACCGAGUAUGGACGUCGACCAAGACCUGCCCAACGGAAGCACCGAGGCUUCAACUAACGGCGACUCGGCACCAAAGAAGAAACUUACACUAUCAUUCGAGGAGUACAAAUCUUUGAGUGACAUGCUUGUUGUCUUCAUGAGAAAAGAGGAGAUUGAAUCUGAGACUAGGGGUGAAAGUGAAAGCUCAGGUAUGCGCAAGAGUGCAGUUGUGAGCUGGUAUCUAGAACAACUGGUAGGACAAGGACAGAUAGAAAACGAGGAUGAGUUGCUUGAGAGGAAAACACUUGUGGAGAAAGUAAUUGACAGGCUUAUGUAUCACGAUCAAGUAAUAAUACCUCUGUCGACCACCGGGUUAAAGGCAACGCAGAAAUCAUCGGAUCAAGAAGUAGAAGACGACCCAUUACUAGUCGUACAUCCAAAUUAUGUCGUUGAUACUUAA